GCAGUGCUUGGCAAUCAGAGGGCAGGUUCAUUGUGGCACACGCUUGCUACUGGGUAUGACACUCCGUUGUUGAUCAGCUUUUGCUUUGUACUGCCGGACUUCCCUCGGGAUCCAGUGUUAACAAAGAUGCUGAGUGGUCCAGUCCAGCAACUUUCACUAUUUUCAAAUACCAAAUCAAAGGGCUGCUGUUUUGAGUGACUUUUCAUCACGUCAUUUUUCACGCUGAGACCCCCAGGAGAGCCAGGGUUCUAUCCGAUGUGCCAGAAAAUGUUAUUCCCUAUGGCAAUAUAAAAGUUGGAGCUACCCCCAGAAUACAGACGUAACGAUGUUAAACUGAUACUGAAGUCAGAUGAACAUUUAUUUAUUUUUAGAGGUUAGAUCGCUGUUUUCUUAAUUUGUGAGAGUGUGUGAAGCUUAAAACAAAUAACUGAGAUGAGCAGCAAUGGCACGCCAAGACUUAAUAAAAAUCACCGAAGCUGAGAUGGAACACUAUUACUCCUUUCUUCAAGCCAGCUCCGCACUGCUGUCCCUGCUUGAAGGAAUGAUGCCCAGUAUCUCUGCAAAGGACAUUACUAACCUGUUGAAGAAACAGUUUGCUUUCCUGUCAGGUGGUCGAGGGAAAGAGAGUGAUUACAUUAUAACAUUCCCAGAAUAUCCACAAUUCUGUGAAAUUCCAGAGGAUGAAAUAAAGAAAGUCUUGGCCUAUUUAGCAGCUGUUCCAAGUGAAUAUGACUCUGCGGUUAAAUUCAUUUUGGUCAUUGACAGAAGAUUGGAUACAUGGACGAAUGUCAAAACAACUCUCUCCAGGAUUGCAAAUUCUUUUCCUGGAAAUCUACAUUUGGUGUUGGUUUUGCGUCCCACAGGCUUCUUUCAGCGCACAUUCACUGACAUCGGAUUCCGAUUCAGUCAAGAUGACUUUAUACUUAGACUUCCGGUUGUUAUGCUUAGCUCUGUUGCCGAAUUACUGAAAUAUAUUGAUGAAAAUCAGCUGACAACUGAAUUUGGAGGCACCCUGGAAUAUUGUCAUAGUGACUGGAUUAUUUUCCGAACAGCCAUAGAAAGCUUUGCUGUGACUGUGAAGGAAAUUGCUCAGAUGUUACAGGCAUUUGGCACUGAACUGGCAGAGGCAGAGUUACCAGAAGAUGCACAUGCCAUGGAAUAUGUCCUUAUAAGCCGCACCGAAAAGUACAAUCAGCUAAAGGGAGACAUCACAGCAGUAAUGAAACAAGGUGACCUACUGCUAAAUAACCUUGAGGAGCCUAGCACUGCAGAAACAGACAGUGGGAUACAGAGUGAAAAGCAUGGAGACUGGGAAACUAUACAGAGGCUACUGAAACAGUUACAUGAAAUGGAAACUGCAUUUGAUGGCUUUUGGGAAAAAUACCAGCUUAAAUUGGAACAAUAUUUACAGCUGUGGAGGUUUGAACAGAACUUUCGGGAGAUGAAAAAUGCUCUCGAACUUCUGUCAGUGCAAGAGUCAGACCUGCCUUCUACAGGAGACAGCAUUUCUCAGGUUGAGCAGGUGCAAAGAGACUUGAGCAGCCUAGAUGAGCGAGUCAAGGAUGUAACAGGAAGAGCACAUCUUGUGAUAUUACAAGGAAAUCAGCUGGCUUCAAAUCAUCAUUAUGCAAUAGAGUUAAUCUGUCAGCGCUGCAAUCAGUUGCGACACUUCUGUGAUGUCCUGGACAAUAAACUGUCUUUGAAGGAUGCAACCCUCAACAAAACCCUGGAACUUCACAAAAAACUUAAAGAGGUUCUUCAGUGGUGUGAUGAUGGUGCUUAUCUCCUAGCCAAUCAGCAGAUGGAUAAGUGCCAGUCCAAAGAAGGGGCACAGAGGGCUUUGCAAGAUAUAGAUGAAUUUCUUGAAAACUCCUACAACAUCUCAAACUUUGAGCCACAAAUUUUUAACGAUGAUUAUGAAUCAAUUUUCUCAUCUGAAACAAAGGACCAGGUUCAAAUGGCUCUACAGAAGUUAGAGCAUGUUCAAGGAAUGUUCCAAAGUCAGCAAGCCUGUCUCAAGAAAGUGGCAGAUAAACAGAUACGACCAGUGCAGUUGGUAGCACCUAGACCAGAGAAUCCACCUCGAGCUAAAUCCCCAUUAUUUUCUCCAAAGCAUGGUAAGAAACCUUCAAGGAAGAACCAGAGCUCUCCAAAGAUAGAGGUAAUUCAUGAUUACCAGGAAAAACGCAGUCCAGUACAUUUAGUCAACUCAGAAAAUGAAGAUGGCAUAGAUGCUUUGAAAAGGCAUGCAAUUUUUGAACUUAUAGAAACUGAAAGGAUAUACGUUGAAGAACUUGCCCUUGUUUUGGAGGGAUAUAGAGAGGAGAUGGACAAUCCAGCAAUGUGCCCCCUCAUGCCGACAGAACUUAAAAUGAAGAGAGACAUUCUUUUUGGAAAUAUGCCUGAAAUCUUUGACUUUCAUAAAAGAGUGUUUCUACAAGAACUCGAAAUAUGUGCUGCGGUACCAGAAAGGGUUGGAACCUGUUUUUUAGAAAAGCGAGAGAACUUUCAGCUUUACAAGAAGUACUGCCAGAAUAAACCUCAGUCAGAAGCACUGUGGAGACAAUUCUCAGACUGCAUCUUUUUUCAGGAAUGUCAAAAGAAGCUGGAACACAAACUCGCUUUAGACUCUUAUUUAUUAAAACCAGUUCAGAGGCUAACAAAAUACCAGCUCUUAUUAAAGGAAUUAUUGAAAUAUACCAGCAAUGGUGAUGGCGUUCAAGACCUAAAUGAAGCACUUGCUGCUAUGUUGGAUUUGUUAAAGUCUGUGAAUGAUUCUAUGCACCAGAUUGCUAUAACGGGAUAUGAGGGGGACUUGAAUGAAUUUGGAAAGGUUUUAAUGCAAGGUUCCUUCAGUGUAUGGAUAUCACACAAAAAAGGUCACACUAAAAUGAAGGAUCUUGCUCGAUUUAAGUCGAUGCAGAGACAUCUGUUCUUACAUGAAAAAGCACUUGUGUUCUGUAAGAAACGGGAAGACCAUGGAGAUAGUUAUGACAAAACUGCUUCUUACAGCUUUAAACAUUAUUUAAAAAUGAAUGCUGUUGGUAUUACAGAAAAUGUGAAAGGAGAUGCCAGAAAAUUUGAGGUCUGGUACAGUGGACGAGAGGAAGUUUACAUUGUUCAGGCUCCAACAGUAGAAGAGAAGAUGGCGUGGUUGAAUGAAAUUAGAAAAAUACUUACAAAUCAACAAAAGCUUCUAAAAGAAAGUCAGUAUCCAAACCAGGGUUCAGAUCAAGUUCACCUUUCCCCACCCCUCAAUGAUGGGAAGCACAAAAGAACAUCAGUAAGCUCAGAAGAAAAUGAUUCAGAGAGCACAAGUCCUACCACACUGGACAGCUUACCUGUAUCACCACAACACCUUCCACAGAGAAAGAGUUGGAGUGUAAUGUCCAGUUCAGUAGAGAUUUGUGAAGGCCUCGAAUGUUGGUCCAGCAACAAUGAACUCUCAAAUUCAGAAGAAGAAGACGACACCAAUCUUUUGUCCCCGGGAAAGUACAAAGCACUAAUUGAUUGCAAGAUAACAGGCUCUGAAGAAAUGCUUAUCAAAAGUGGGGACACCCUAGAGCUUAUACAGGAAGACCCUGAAGGACAGUGGCUGGUGAAAAAUCUGAGCAGGAAUAAAGAACGGUGGAUUUCUUACAACAAUUUGCUGAUAAUAAUUGGUGAUGCAAAAUCAACCAAAUCUUCAGAUUCUGGGCCACCUACGGAACGGAAAUUCAGUUCGUAAACGUGAGGCUGGAUCUGCAAGUAAUGUGAAGGUGCUCUGCCAUGAACACAUGAUGGAUGCAUGCAAAAGUUUUUGAAGGGAAAUAUUCCCAACAAAUAGACAUUCAAGGAAAUUUCGUGCAGUCACACUGUUCAUAAAAUUACCAACUUUCUGAGGUCUGCAUUUCUUAAAGAAAAUAUUUUCUUUUUUGUGGAACUGAUGCUACGCCUGCUACAGGGUAUCUCCAUUUUGUGCUGGAAAGUGCACUGUUGUUACGGUGCAUACAGUUGUGAUCUUCAGCUUCAUUUCAAAGAUGUUUCCUACACUGGCGUGCAGAAAAGUGGCAGUCCAUUUUAACUUUUAACAGUCACUUCUAGCUGACAUUCUUCCUUCAUCUGUGAUAUGGGCACAUUACCUCUUUUCCAUUUGCAACUUGUAUGUUCCUUCAGAUCAUACUGCUGGUGAAACUAAAUGCUGUUAAAAAGAUGCAAAUGUGUAAAUAUGUUGUUUGAACAAGCUGAUACCGAAGAAGUGGAUGCAGUUUAUUUAUUUAAAGUUCUUUGCUGUCAAAGUGCAAAUAAAUCAGCUUUUGUGUCAUGCAAAAGACAUGAAUUGUGGAUGUAUGCACAUGGAGGCAGUGGUACAUUGGAUGACCCUGCAAUAGCUGUUCCAAUAUUUUGAGAGUUUUAUCAAAAAGUGUGAUUAGCCCUGCCGAACUUCCAGCCACCAUGAUGCUCCCUAGGACAAGUUGUUGAAAAACUGGAAGGAAGCAUGGAUGGAUAGCUUGAUAUACUACCCAUUAGAGCAGAACUGAAAGAAAGGAAAAUUCAGCAUAUGCUGAAUUUCAGUGGUUUAUGUCUUUAGAGGUAUUUGUGUUUCACCUAUUAAGUGUGGAAGUUUACAAAAACUGUACAUAUAUAAUGUAUAUUGUGCCAUAGACAAUUGCAGUUUCAUUGCUAAAUUUUGCACUAAGUGUUUAACCUUAAUAAGGUUAUAAUUGUGUUACUGUGGAUAUGAAUUAUCUGUCAGCCCAGUCCAGAACAUUUGAGAGAAAGAAUUGCAGUACAUCAUGUUUCUUUGGUGUUGGUUAAUCAAAUUAUAUAGUAUUUAGUACAUUUAUUAUAGCAGUUUAUAUUACCAAAUGGAGCUGACAACCUCACCCAGCUAUUACAAAUAAAAUUUUAUUUAUUUAUUA